AUGACUGGCAGUAUCUACGCUUCCAAGACUAACCAUCUUUUGAUGAAGAAUCAUCAAGCUCGACCUACUGGCUUAAACGCCGCGCCUGAAACGCAUGCGACAAAUUCUAGUAGCCACAACCGAAAAAGAUACUAUCAUGGCUGUGGAAAAGGGUGGCCAGCUCCACCAAAAGCCGAAGAUCCUCUGAAUAGAGGCUCAUCCAAGGGAGGAAACUUGACCCAGAAGCGCCAACCCCUUGCCCGGAAGGCCCCAAACUUCAAGAACAAGGGAAAAACUACCAUUCAAUUGGAUUCCAUAGAAUUGGACAUGUGCUACCGCUAUGGAUCAAGGGAUCAUUGGUCACACAUAUGCCGAGCUACCCCUGAGGCCAUUGCCAAGUAUCAUUCACGUCGUGAGUCCAACUUUACGCAUGUAGCAAUCCUCAAAGCUACUACUACAACUCUAGAGGUUUCAAAUUUUCAGGAGGCAUUUGCUCCUAUGGAAGAAUAA